AUGCCUGCAUCUAUCGGUGUGAACUUACGUGUUACUGGCCAUUGUAGCCAGGGUGGGAGAAAGUAUAUGGAGGAUUUGUUUUCUGUUGCGUAUCAACAAACUGAAGAUGAAAGGGACUUGGAAUACGCUUUUUUUGGAAUAUACGACGGUCACGGCGGCGGCGAAGCUGCCGCUUUUGCUAAGGAGCACUUGAUGGAUUCUAUCGUUAGGCAACGCCAGUUCUGGUCUGAAAAUGACGAGGACGUUCUCAAAGCCAUUCGCAAUGGGUACAUGUUGACUCACUUGAACAUGUGGAAAGAAGUAGAAAAAUGGCCAAAAACUGUAACAGGUCUACCAAGUACAGCUGGAACUACAGCAAGUGUUGCAUUUAUAAGACGAGGCAAAAUUUACAUAGGUCAUGUUGGUGAUUCAGCUAUAGUGCUUGGAUAUCAAAAGGAUGGUUGUGAAGAGUGGGCAGCCAAACCGCUUACUUUGGACCAUAAACCUGAAGCUAGUUUAGAGAUUGAACGGAUUCAAAGUAGUGGUGGAAAGGUUGUUUCAAAAGCUGGAGUACCUCGGGUAGUAUGGAACAGACCACGACCGGGUCACAAAGGGCCCAUAAAGAAGAAUACCCCUAUGGAUGAAAUACCAUUCUUGGCUGUGGCCAGGUCAUUAGGUGAUCUAUGGAGUUAUAAUCCAGAAAAUGAUGAGUUCAUUGUUAGCCCUGACCCAGAUGUCGGAGUGCUAACUAUUGACCCUUCUAAGUUUCGGUGUCUUAUAUUUGGUACAGAUGGCUUGUGGAAUAUGAUGUCGCCAGAAGGUGCUGUCAGCUUAGUUCAAGCAACAGAGAAACAUAAUGAAGCAGCUUUGGUUGGCUGUGGAAAUCAGCAAAGAGAUUGGUUAAAUCCAUCUAAGAGCCUAGUCGAUCAUGCUCUUGAGAGGUGGUCAAACACCAGAAUGAGGGCAGAUAACACAUCAGUUGUAACUCUAAUGCUUGAUCCACCUGGACCACCCCGCGCUACCGUCCUCCUGUCGCGUACCGCGACUCAAACACCUCAGUCGUCCGUCGCACAAACCUCGCCAUCUCCAACAGCUCCCAAAGUAGAUGAGAAACCUGAAAUGAGCGAGGGCGAGAGCCGUCAAGUUCCACAGAACGGUCUUACUAUAAUGACGCGCUAUUCAGACAGUGACAAGCCAGUCCCACCUGUAGAUGAAACUAAUAAAACACCACUGCCACCAUGCGCAACAAUCGAUGGCAGACUGUCAGUACCCCACGAAGUACCAGCAGACAGCGACAGUGAUACAAUUGUGAACUAUGGUAAUCCAGCCGAAUCAUACUUCAUGGCUCGUCUUUUAAACAGAUCACGAGUCGUGAACACCCUGUCUGAAGUGUAUGAUGAGAUAGUAAACUGCCCAAAAUCCCUAAUAGAACCGAGAGAUCCAUCUCCAGUUCUAUCAGUGCCCGAACAAAAGACUGAGGAGCGGCCUCUGCCGCGACAAUCUCUACCUCCAGAGGAGACUCCUAAUGGAGAAGUGUCAGUGCCUUCAGCUGAUGAUGUUAGUAUACAGAUCAAUGAGGUGUCAUCGAGUUCGCCAACGGAGGGGCCAGUGCGGGGGCGGGGGAGGCGGUACCGAGAUCAGAAGCCGGAGCAGACACCCAAUGACCGUGUCCUCCGUUCGCACCAUGAGCCCGAAGCGCAAAGACCGCAGACGCGCCAAGCUGCGACUAGGUUGAGGUCGCCGGCCACCCAGCCGUUAGAACGAGUCGUGAUUUUAACACGACGCGAUCGACGGCCGGCUGCUGCCCCUGAUCCCGUCGAAGAUCGACGUGCGACGCGAUCCAAUACUAGUCUCAGCGAGGGUGUGCGCAAUGCCAGCGUGCAGGGUAACGGAGCGGGUAGCGCGGGAAACUCGGCGCGCGCCCCGGGGCCGGCGCGGAGGGCCCCGGCGGCGCCCGCCCGCUCCAAGGAGAACCUCGGCGCAACCCGCCGCGCCCGCGCGCGCGCCGACCGCGCCACCACGCCGCACCAACGCCAGCCGCGCACGCGCCGCGCGGAUGACCAAGAGGUGCACUCCACCACUGACGAGGCGAGACCGCGGGCACUCCGCUCCAGGAAUGAAGCGGAGACGCCGGCGAAGCGGCCCCGUUUCGAGGAUAAAACUCCCAAGGUGUCCGAGAAGUGUGCGCGCGCUCUCGGCAAGCGGGCGUCCGCGCCCUGGGGCCCAUCGCUUGCGCUUCGCAACCGCCUGCGAAGGAGACUGGUGAAGUAG